AUGGAAAGUUUUAUAGACUUGACUUAACUUGAGCCAAUACCAUAUAAAAAUACUAUUGCUGUAUUGAAUGAAUACAUGCUUUAGAAUAUUGACUUUUUAAACAAGUAUAAUGUACUACCAUAAUUACAGAUUCGGGCAUUUCAAUGAAAACAAAUUAUUUGAAAUGGAAGUAGUUCUGGAUGAGAUUGAGUCGAAAGUGCUAUUAUUAGAAAAGAAACUAGAAUCAAUUCCACCAGAAUUCUAUAAUGGUUUAGUUGUACCUCCUUUAUAAUAAUAAUAACAAGUGGCAUAACCUCAGGCUGUAGAACCUUAAAGUAUUUUGAUGUGUUAAUAAUAGAUAAUGAAAAUAAUGCUAUCCCUCCUCCACCACCUCCUCCCCCUCCUCCUUAAAAUUAUUAGUAGGCUGUACCUGAUUAAGAAGCUUCUUAUUAAAUUGCUGCUCCUCCUUAAUUCGAAUAAUAAAUACAAUAACCAGAGUAAGUCUAAGAGGAAUAACAAUAAUAAGAAGAAGUAGAAGAUGGUAUGAAUUAAUUAUAAUAAUAAUAUAGAAAGAUUGGAUAAAUACAAAAAACUAUUAAGUUAUGGAGUAAAUGCUUAAUAAUUGAAAAUGAAAAUGUAGAUGGAAGGCUUAGACCCAAAUUUAUUAGACAAGUAUUUGAAUUGA